CCCAUUCGGUUCACCUACGGUGUCAUCGCCGCCCGGUCCGCCUCCCGAGGAGGCGGCAGGCCGGAGAAUCUAACCUCCCUGAGCUACCCGGGACACCAGCACAUGGGAGAAUGGUUUCUGUUCCUGGACAUGAAUCGUCCAGAGUCAGAUCGGGUAGGGUCACCGGUGACCCGGGUGAUGGACCCGGAAGAAGCGGAGCUGUUCUACGUGCCGUUCUUCUCGUCGCUGAGCCAGCUGGUGUCGAUGAGCCAACAAGGUGAUGGGUCGGAGGCGGCAUACAGCGACGAGGAGACGCAGGAAGCGCUGGUGGAGUGGCUGGAGGGGCAGAAAUACUGGCAGAGGAAUGGAGGGAGGGACCACGUGUUCACGGCGGCGGACCCGAAGUCGCUGUUGCAUGUGAUGGAUAAGGUGAAGAAUAGUGUGCUUCUUGUGGUUGGGUUUGGUAGGUUGAGAGGGGAUCAGGGUUCUCUGGUGAAGGAUGUGGUGGUUCCUUACCCUCAUAGACUCAGAACCUACGAGGGUGAUCUUGGUCUCCAGAAUCGUCCCACCUUGCUUUUCUUCAUGGGUGCUCGCUUUCGAAAGGAGGAAGGGAGAAUUCGCGAUGUACUGUUUCAAGUCCUCGAAAAUGAACGGGACGCUAUAAUAAAGCAUGGAGUUCAAUCGACAGAGAACAGAAGAGAAGCAUCAAAUGGAAUGCACACAUCAAAGUUCUGCUUGAACCCUGUUGGAGACACUUCAACUUCUUGCCGCCUCUUUGACUCCAUAGUUAGCCUCUGUGUUCCGGUUAUCGUUAGUGAUACCAUUGAGGUGCCCUUUGAAGAUACCAUUGAUUAUAGAAAGAUAGCAAUCUUUGUAGAAUCUGCUGCUGCUGUCAAACCUGGAUAUUUGAUGUCACUGUUGAGAGCAAUUCCUCCUGAGAGAAUUGUUGAAUAUCAAAGAGAAAUGCUAAAGGUAAGACGAUACUUUCAAUAUGGUGUAUCAAAUGGAGCAGUGGAUGAAAUCUGGCGCCAAGUUACAAAAAAGUUACCAUUGAUUAAGCUAAUGAGCAAUCGUGACAAAAGGUUGGUAAUAAAGGAAUCAGAUUGUUCUUGCGUAUGUGCAAAUCCAACUACUAACAGAACUCCAUAGCAUGCUUUCUCGAACAAGAAAGAAUGAGUUUUUGAGUUUUGACAAAUAAAGCUUGUGACUCAUCACUUUUAUCCCACAUUAAAUACGAUGAAAAAUGUUAAUUUUUUCUGCUACGUGGAGAAAGAUUAUUGGCUUUGAGUCAAAUACAUCUUGAGACAAAGGCCUUUCUUUUUUUCAACAACGUCCAUGUUAAUAGUACUAUAUGGCAAGCACAAGUUCUGAUAUGUUGUGGUAGAUGCAAGUGUGGGAGCAUAUAGAUUUAUUUACAUAUGAAGUUUAUUAUGAGGAAGAAGGGUUGAGUUAUACCUUA